CUAACGGUAUCCUUGAAGUAUUCCAAUCUGGGUUUAGACCCCACCACAGCACAGAAACCGCACUUAUCAAGGUUACAAAUGAUUUACUACUGUCAGCUGUAACCGUAACUCUGUGUCGGUUCUUGUGCUCCUCGACCUGAGUGCAGCUUUUGAUACAAUUGACCAUGGAAUUCUUCUGGACAGACUCCAGGCCUGUGUUGGACUUCAUGGACAGGCACUCGCAUGGUUUGGAUCAUACCUAUGUGACAGGAAACAGUUUGUCAAAUUAAAAGAAGAUGAGUCCACCUCAAUAAUGAAAUACAGUAUUCCACAAGGAUCAGUACUAGGACCAGUACUCUUCUUGCUAUAUAUGCUACCACUUGGCAAUAUUAUCCGGGCACAUGGCGUAGAGUUCCACUGUUAUGUGGACGAUACCCAGAUUUAUAUUUCAAUGAAACCUGGCGAAGCACUGCCGCUUUCAUGGUUAGAGGCCUGUAUUGUAGAUAUCAAGGUUUGGAUGCUUUCAAAUUUUCUGCUCCUAAAUUCAGACAAGACUGAAAUGUUGGUUUUAGGUCCCAAAAUAUUAAGGGAGAAAUUGUCUACUCUCACCUUAAACUGUGAUGGUUGUUUGGCUGAACCUAAUAUGGUCGUUAAAGACCUUGGUGUCACCAUUGAUCCUGAUCUAUCUUUUGAGACCCAUGUAAAAAACAUAUCCAGAAUUGCCUUCUUUCAGCUGCGCAACAUAGCUAAAAUUAGACAUGUCCUGUCAGUCGGGGAUGCUGAAAAAUUGAUCCAUGCGUUUGUUACGUCUAGGUUAGACUACUGUAAUGCCCUGCUUUCUGGCUGCCCUAAUAACUUGUUAAAGAGUCUCCAGCUUGUGCAGAAUGCAGCUGCUCAUAUCUUGAGCAGAACUAAGAAGUAUGAGCACAUUACACCAGUACUAGCGUCGCUUCACUGGCUACCCAUUAAGCAUAGGAUAGACUUCAAGGUUUUGCUCCUGACUUUUAAAGCUCUGCAUGGACGUGCACCUGUGUACGUAUCGAACCUGCUCCUACCUUAUAAGCCCACAAGGUCACUCCGAUCUCAAGACGCAGGCUACUUGGUAGUCCCAAGAAUUUCCAAGAACCUAAAAGGUGGUAGGGCUUUCUCCUACAGGGCCCCACUACUGUGGAACCAGCAUCCAAACUUUAUAAAGGAGUCAGACACAGUCUCAAUAUUUAAAUCUAGAUUAAAAACGCACCUCUGUGCUCAGGCUUACAAUCAGUUGUAGUCUGGAGACAGGGUGCGAGAAGCCUGUAGUCAUAGAGCUUUGUAGGUGGCAAUCCUUUCCUUACUGUCACCUGUCAAUCAGCUGUGACCCGACUUUACAUGGGCUGGCUCUUGAUAGGCGGGUAUAGUUGUCUACCCCUCAUGACUGCAUGGGCUCUCCAUCCCUGUCCUAGUAGAUAUGCAGCCAUAUUCUACUCCUGGCGGGGUCCCCCCAAUAAAUACCA